GAGGCGCUGCGGGAGCGCUGCUGGGCGCCUUCAGGACACGUCCGGUGCCCCUCGGUGGCUGCAAAACGACGCAGAGCUUCGAGGUGGAUUCAAGCCGUACUAAAACACCGCUCGGGAUGGAAGGGCAGAGGGUCAGAAAAGCUGGAUGUUACAUUUUACCUGCUUUAGUUUAAGCUGGCGAGGCUUCCCGAGAGGUUUCUUAUUAACCCGCUCAACCGCUGGCGUUCCGCGCACCGACACGCAGCGGUCCGACCAGCGCUGCCCUCACAGCCGCCGCGUGCAGCGCAGCCGUCGGUACCAGGAAUUGGUGCAGUGCCCGUGGCAGCCCGGGCUGAGCUACAAACAAAUCCACCCACGCAUUACUAGAGAGUAACUGUAACGAGGUCUGAAAGGCAAGGUUUGGAAACUGGACCGGAGCCAGAUCAUUCCCGGCACCGAUUUUGCGUUCUAGGUGUGCCGUCAAGAUAAGUUACGCCGUGUUCACGUCUAUCACAGGAUUACUUUAAAUAGUGAUAUCUUCGCUGGAUCAACGCGGGAAGGAUUUGAUCCGGAAUGUGAAGUAGAGGUGAGCGGCCCGACGUGCCCCGGCUCGGGAAGCUCAGGUGAGAAGUCACAGCGAAGCUUUCCGUUCUCGCAGCUCCGCACUCCGCUCCGAGGUGCCCCCGGGCAGCGCUGCGCGGCUGCAGGGCCGGGAACGCGGCCGGCUCUGUCCCUGCAGCCCGCUGCCAGCAGCGCCCUCCGGGAGGGGGUUUUGCUGCCGAUCGGGGCGAUUCCUUCUAUUUUACGGUAUCGUUACCGCUGCCAAAAGGAAAUGACUGUGAUGAGGACACUUCUUUCUGGGAAGGUUUUUGGCAGCCCGUGCGGCAGAGGAUGUCUGCCUGCUUGUUCUGGACGGGCAGUGUCACUCGCAGGAGGCCUGCAGCAUCCCCUUCAUUAUUUUUGCUAUGUGAUGUGAUUAACAGAAGGUAGGGGCUUACUGUGUAGCUGUAAAACACGGCAAGUAGCGGGGGACUGCUGCAAGGCCCCGAGUCCGGUUCUGCAGUACAUCUGCACAGCCAACACCACCAAACGCGGAGAUCUGGGGCACUGAUUAGUCACGGAAUUGGUCUUAUUGAAGCCGCCUGACACCAAAUUCGAAGUGCUGCACAUUAUUUCAUUUUCAUGCAGAAAAGCAACUGGACUUGAACGUACGGGUGGCACAUAUACACACACAUAUCUCCGGGGUUAUCUCGGGGGGAAAUUAUAAUUCAUACUUCUGUUAACAAUACUGCCUGCACUAUUGCUUCUGACAGGGAACUGUCGUACUGAGGCCCUUAAACAUGCUUUCUUUUUCCCCUCGUUUCGUGGCCGGGGACAGCUGGUAGCCCGAGCACAGCGUUUUCCUGCUUCAAGCCUGCUCACCUCGCUACCGUUCGCCUUUCUGUACUCACGAACGAGGGGCGGCUGGGGGAUCUCAGCAGGAAAACUGUGCAGCUGCACGCAGCCGGGGCGUAAGGGAGAGGCAGCCAGAGCUGUGCGCCCUCCCGUCACCGCGGGGCCGACUCUGCCUCGUUCUGGAGGCGCUGGCUGUGCGUCCCGGGCCCCCGGCGCUGUCUGUCCCCGCCUGGGCGCCGCGGUGAGGGCCGUGCGCCCGGCAGCUCCCCGGUGCCGAACGUCUCCGGGCCGCCUCCCGCGUGGAGCCGUUCCUGCCAACGCCUCCGCGGUGAGAAGAGGCGGGCGGGGUGCUGACAGACCCCGCCACGGGCGGCCGCGGCGUCGCUCCUUACCUCCCGCGGGGCUCUUUUGGGCGGAAUUCGGCCUCCCGAGGCUUCCUGAAACGUAAAGCGACGGGAGCGGCGUAGGGCACGGAGUGCCGCCGUCAGAAGGGCGCUGCCAUCUCCGCACCGUGCCGCCGCUGCUCCGCGGCCCUUUUGCGGGAAGAGGGGAUCCCUCGCGUCUCCUCGGUGCCCGUUCCCCCUCAAAACGGCACUUUCGAAUCCGUCACGAACGGCGGAAAGUCGAAAAGCCGCCGCGGAGCACCGCCUCCCGCAGCGCCGGGACAGCUUCUCCCCGGCCCCGGGCCGCUCCCGGGGCAGGUGCCCUCAGCCGCGGGGCACGGCGGCUUCGGAGCCCAAACAGCCGAAAACGCCUUCAUUUUUUUUGCCCUCUCCCUUCCCUUCUCCCUCCCUCUCUCCCGGCCGCGCGAUGGCCGCGGCGGCGCUGCGCGGGGAGCGGCGGGGCCGUAGGGGCGGGGCGGGCGCUGCAGGCCUUCCUGCCCGGCCGAGCCGCAACUCCGCCGCGCCUCCUUAAAUCUCUGCCGUUAAAUGUGGGCGGGUGUUUCAACUCAAAAAGCGCUCAAAUUUUUUUCCUUUUCAAAAAAAGCUGAUGAGGUUAAAAAAAAGAAAAAAAAAAAAAAGAAGGGGGGGGUUGGAAGAGAGAGAGAGAGAGAAACCGGCUUCGUGUCCGUAGGAAACAGAAGUAGCGAUUGUUUGCGCUUAAAAAAGGGAGAGCGCGGAGCCGGGGAGGAGGCAGCGUUCUGCGGAGCGGCAAGUGCAGCGUUCAGCGGAGCGGACGGAGCGGCGCAGCGCAACGCAGCGCGGCUGUCAUCGGCGGCGGCACCCCGGGCCGGGCGCUGCACCCGCGGCUCCUCCGUCCCCGGCCCGGACGGCACCGGCACCGGCGGCGGCGGCGGCACCGAGAGCGGCGGGGCUUCGGCUCCCCGCGGAUACGGCAUGAGCCCGCCCCGCCGGGCCGCCGCCCGCCGCCCCGCGGCCCCGCUGGAUGCCCCGCGGCCGCCGCCGCCCAGGGCGGCCCCCGCCGGCCCGGAUCGCGGAGCCGCGGAGAGGCCGCGGGAGUGAGGCCGCCGCCGGCAGAGAGAGCGCCGAGGGAGGCAGCGAGAUCCGGGCGCGUCUCGCCCCGCGCCUUCUGCCCGGCCCGGAGCGGGGCAUGCGGCGGGCGAACCCCGAUAGUGAAGACUUUGCCUCGGAGCUGCGGCUGCUGAGGCUCAGAUGCCGACUGUGAGCAGGUCACCCUAAAGAAUGGCCGAGCCUUCUGGGAACGAGCUGGCGUCUGCGGCUGCCAAGGGGGACCUAGUGCAACUCACUAAUUUGUUGCAAAAGAAUGUAAACGUCAAUGCACAAAAUGGAUUUGGGAGGACUGCGCUGCAGGUGAUGAAGCUCGGCAACCCCGAGAUCGCCCGCAGACUGCUGAUGAGCGGCGCGAACCCCAACCUGAAGGACAGUACCGGCUUCGCCGUCAUUCACGACGUAGCCAGAGCGGGUUUCCUGGACACUUUGCAGACCCUGCUGGAGUUCCACGCCGACGUGAACAUCGAGGACGCGGAAGGCAACCUGCCGCUGCACCUGGCGGCGCAGGAGGGCCACGUGCGGGUGGUGGAGUUCCUGCUGCGGCGCACCCCGAGCCGCGUGGCGCACCAAAACCGCCGCGGCGACACGGCGCUGGACGUGGCCCGGCUGUACCGGCGCAGCGCCGUGGUGCAGCUGAUGGAGGGCGGCCCUCCGCCCGCGGCCGACGCCGACUGAAGCGGGCCCCCUCGGACCUUGCGGCUCUCAGCCUCACUCUUUUAUUACUCUCUUUUUUUUUUUUCCAACCCCUUUUUAAAUAACGUUUGGUUCAAACCUACUUCUAUAUAUAUUUUUUGUUGUUGUUAUAUUUUUGGAAUAGUAGAUAGCGUGAGUUCAAGAAGUUGUAGAGGUGGGCUUUUAGCUAAGGAAAAUGAUUUCAGUGCACGGUGGCGGCACGUUGCUACCGCCGCCGCUCACAGCACUCCUUACCCCGCCGUGCCCACGCCGCCUCUCGCACCGGGCUUCCAGCACCACGCUCUGCAGUGCAUCCCCGCUCACGACUCAGCCAUUAACCCAAACGCUGCGUAUCCACCGCUUAACGUUCCCUUUCCUCUCCGGGGGAAGGAAACAGCCCGCGGGGAUUCUUCCCCCUCUCACCGUCCCCCUCCAACCCCCGGCUCAGCCCGACGCGCGUUGGGGUGGGGCGAGGACCGGGAGCGGCCCGGCCGGGGGGGGCACAGGGGCCGGGAGCGCCGCUUCGGGCAGCAGCCUCAGUUUGACACUAACAGGAGCUCGUAGGAAUAGGUCUCUCGCUUUCUAAAUGUAGAUGACACUUUUCCCCUUUGUGUAUUUAAACUUUCACCGAGCUGCCUUUGAGUUUAGUUACCAGAAACAACAGAAGUGGCUUUUUUUUUUUUUUUUUUUUUUUUUUUUUUUGGCCAGAGGUUUUGAAGAGCUCAGUUGGGCGCUCCGUGCCGAGAAGUACAUUAUUUUCCAGUUUCAAAAUAGCCGACAACCACGGGCAGAGGUAGGAGCACGAGGGGGCUGCAAUACUACAGCUCCUCCGAUCCCUGCCUGAGCUGAGCGCUGUUUCGAUGCUCUUUAGAAACGACCGCUUCUCACCGCCCGUUUUGUUUUGUCUGGGGGGGGUGGAAAGAAAGGAUGGUAGCUGUAUCUCACAGGGAUUUGGAUGCAGUGGAAUUUAGGAAGAGACACGUUAGGUACUCGUGAGGUUAUCUUAAUGCCUGCAGCUAACGAGCGAUGUAAUCCCUGGACUGUUUCCCUUCCAGAACAGCCGUUAGGGCCCUACGGCCGAACCCCCCCGGUACGCAGGGAGCAGCGGGAGGGGCGGCGGACGGGAAGCUGAGCGAACUCUGCGCUGCGGGGUCCGACUGUCGAUGGCGCAGGAUGGGAGGGCUCACAUCAGUGUGAAAGGAAAGACUGGCUGCAAAAUAGCACCUAAAAGACAAGGGGGUGUACAGUGCUGUACAUUUUAUUUCUAAAAAGAAAAAGAAAAAGAAAAAGAAACAAAAAACCCACCCAAAACGUGUAUAUACGGUCCUGUAAAAUGAGCUACCAUUGUUUUCCAGUAUCAGUAAUUGCCUGGACCUGUCCAUCCCUUCGCUGUACUCUCACGACCACUGUGUUCUGCGUUCUCUGAUUAAAAACCUCUGUGCACCGCAA